CGAUCGGAUCAGCGAGUAGAGAGCGCGCUGUCGCCGUCGAAGCUAGAACGUAGUAGGUGGUAGAGAGGAAAAAAAGAAAAUCCGUUUUCUGUCAUUCAGUGCGCGGAACAGUUGCUUUUAUUAUAUUUUCAAUAAAAUCGAAUCACUUUAAUAGUCUGUGAUGUGCGCUUCAUCAAAUAUUUAAAUAAUUAUUAUAGCGCAAGUGACGGCCUUGAAAGUUCUCUCACGCGAAGUGCUACAGAUCAGUGAUUAGACAAAAAGGAAAAAAUGGAAUUCAAAUUUUCGGUAAACGAAAUUUUUCGACAGCCCAUUGUCAGGCUUGGCAGUAACAUGCUACCGCCUGGCUUCACAGGCGACAGGAGGGCGUUCUGGGACAUCGUGGGAAAAGUUUCAGAAAUUGUAAAUGCAAUGGGAGAAGCUUCAGCUGCUGCGCAAGGACUUACAAAACCGAUAACCACUGCUGACCGAUUGAGAAAUUCGGAACACACGCUGUAUCUUCUUAUUGAUCAAAAUGCUGCCAAUGGCAGGGGAGCAGUAACUGGUAUGUUGAAGACAGGCAAGAAAGGAUUGUAUGUGUUCGACAGGAACGGCCAGCAUUACCAGGUAUCACCACCAUGCGUGUUGGACUUCUACAUACACGAAUCUCGCCAACGCACAGGUCUGGGAAAACGAUUAUUUGAACAUAUGCUGGAGGAGGAAAAAAUUGAACCCGUAAAAAUGGCUAUCGACAGACCGAGCGACAAAUUUCUGGGUUUCCUUAACAAGCAUUAUUCGUUAAACAGUCCAGUCAAGCAAAUGAACAACUACGUGGUCUUCGACGAUUUCUUCCCAAGUACUCCGGAGAAAAAUGGUGCGGUGGAGGUUCAGGCCCACAGCGGUGGCACUCCGGGGAAAAAACAGUCAGCUAAUGGCUUACAAACAACCAGUUAUGCAUCACCAAUGGGUCGCUACGGGGCUCCGAGGCCCCCUUGCAGUAUGGGCCAGAUAAUACAUAACCAAACGUCUACUAUACCAAAAAAUACUGAACCAACGGGUGUUGUGAAUGCUAGAUCGGCGGGUGACAUGAAUUAUCAGGGUAUUGCUAACGACAGAAAUCCAAACAUGACCCAAAGUACCCCCAAUAUGUAUUACCAGCCGCCUGCGCCAUAUGUGAAAUUUGACGGAUUGGGCCCAAAUUCUACGAUAAAUUAUGAAAGUGACAAAAAUACAUAUUAUGAACAGCAGCAGCAGCAAAAUUAUGGAAAUGCUAAUACUGUCGAUGAUUCUAAUCAAAUGGCCGCUACUAAUACGUAUCCUCAAGCUACUACUCAGCAACAAAAUGUCACUCCAUUCCAACAGCAGGAGGUUAUGCAGAAUCAGUAUAAUAUGCAACCACAGCAGCAGUUGCAGUCGCAACAGCAUCAGACUUCUCAGUUUGUUGCUGCUACACCCAGCAAUGUACAAAAUCCAGGUUUAGCGACCAAUCAGAUUGUGGCACAACAGACAGAAGUAACAUACAUUCCAAAUUUAAAUCAACAAGAAACCUACAAUGCCCAGAAUAACACACAAAAUCUGCAACAGUCCGCAAACCAAGUUCCGCAAAAUGUUCAACAGUAUCCCCCUCAGUAUCUAUACUCUACUCCACAACAAACCAUGCAACAACCGAUACUUCAACAGCAGAUUCCACAUUUGCAAAAUCAGGUCCCAAUUCAAAAUCAAAAUGUGACGCUAAAUGAAUCUUUUCCCUCAUUGGUAGCUCCAGCUAACGCCCAGCAAAUGUCAUACGUGCCGGAAGUAUUACAAAGUAACCCCCAGUACACACCUACAGACCUAAAUCAAUACCAGUAUAACGUUCAAGUUCAACAACAAAAUUUGCAAAACAAUGCACAGUAUACUUAUGGACCUACAGGUAUCACAGCCGUCCCACCCAAUCCUCAAACUGUUCCAACUACUUACACCCUGCCACAGAAUUCAGCUGGUUAUACAAUGCCGACAGCACCAUACCACGCACCCACCAGCAGCACACAAGUUCCUCAAUACGCAGCCAGUGCAACUAUGCAGUAUCCACUUGUUAGUAACGCUGGAGACGCUCAAUAUAAUAAUCAACUAGUUCAGAAUCAACCAAACCAACUACUGCAACCAAAUGUAGUAACAAAUCCGGCACUUGAAUCAAACAUUGCGAUGACAACUCAAGUGCCUCAAACUGUUAGUAUGACCAAUCAAAUACCUUCAGGAAACCUCGUGACCAGUCAAAUACAACCCCAGCCAACUAUCUUUAGAACAAAUCAAAGUUUGGCGCAAUCUACUGUACCUAUUAAUAUGGACACAGUUUCACAACAUCAAAUCCAAAAUAUGGCACAGGUGUCUCAACCAGUAAUGCCAAAUGAGGUAACAACUGUUGCACCGAAUCUGUCAUACAGUGUACCACAUAUUCCAAACGUGCCUCAGCCAACAGUUAAUAUGACACAGCCAAACGUAAUGUUAACAAGCCCGAUACAGGGCCAGCAAACCAUGACGUCACAACCAAAUAUAACCAAUCAAACUCAAUAUCCACCUCAAAAUAUGAUGCAGUAUGGAUCGGAGCAAAGAUCACCUCAGCCAGCACUAAGAGCUGACGUAAACCCUACUACAGCAAAUAAUCCAAAAGAAAGCUUGCCUCAACUAAGUACUAGAAGAUCGCGACUCCAAAAUGAAGCGUUUCAAUAUAAUUACAAUCCAGCGAUGACUAACACACAGAAUGUGGCUGUACCGCCACAAACGCCACAAGCCAGAGGAGAGUCUGCUCGUGUCAGAAAUCCUCAAUUUUCUAUUGUUAACAAAACAGACGUGCAAAAUGAACCACAAUCUGUCUAUCAUGCACAGGGCGAUGUGGAAAACGUUGACGAUGGUUUGAAAUUUGGAUACCCGUCCCAAGUUCGUGAUCCAUUAAAGCAAGUAAUGACAACCAACAUGAUCAGUGUCAACGAUCGUUAGUAUUAACAUGAUCCUAAAAUUUUCCUAACCCACUAAAUAACCAAAUUUAUAUGUUGUUCAUGCCAGUUACGUGUUUACUGAGUGAUACCCAGGUAAUGGAAGAAAAAGUCAGCUCUUCGCCAAAAUUGGAACGUCCUCGAUCUCUUUCUAUACAGC